AUGAUCUUGCAAAAAACACUGAAACAGAUAGUGGUAACGGUAUUUGCACUUGCUUAUUUAGAAAAGGCUGCCUGUGCGCUGUUAGUAGAGGACUUAGAAAGCAUGAAAGAUUACUGGAGCAAUAGGAUAGACGGCAUGUUCAAAGAAAUCCAAAUCCGCAAGGACUUUCUUGCUAGGGCUCAAUCUUUUAAGUGUGAAGAAGCCGCAUCUAAAGGCUUCAGUGACGGGCUGAAUGAAGGAAAAGAAAAACUAUCCAAUCUGCUAAAAUGUUUUUUAACUCUACAUAGAAGUGUAAAUCACAUAGUAGAAAGAACAGAAAGCCUGAUGUCUGCAGAGAAAAGUGGUAUGCCUGGUCUAGAGGUAACAAAGGGUCUGCGAAACUUGGAAGGUCUAGCCAUAAUGACUCUUGACAUGUGUGAUAUAGUGUGCGAUAGAAUAAAAGAGUUCGAUUCUCACAUGCUAGGAGUAAUAAGAAACUACAGUAAAGCGACGAAGAAAAAUAAAAAAACGCACGAGCUACCGCUGUUCAAGCUGGCAGAGCAGAAUAAACCGCUGGCCAUCAGCAUGAUAUACACUCUUUUUAGCACAGAGCCAUACAACCCUGCUGAUGAUGCAGAAAAUGCACAAAUUAGUAUUCUUAGAAAUGCCUGCAAGGUUACAUAUGGGUCUAUGAAAAGUUUUAAAAAUUAUGAUAACGCUAUAUGGAAUGAGGUCGAUGAAGGGAAAGUAAAACUGCUGAAACUAGCCAAUAAGUAUCUGCCCAUAUUAUUUAAUACGUACAAGAUGGCUGAUAAAGAAGCAAUGGACAUCUAUCUUGGCCUGAUAAAAGAAAAUAUUUCUGAAGCCUAUUUAAACAUGUACACAAACAUCACUCCUGGACAGAUUUUAAAAAUAGUAAUUAUGGAAUACAUAAUGUCUGGAACUCUCAUGGACUACAGAAACAACAGAUUCUUUUCCAACCUUGGAAAGCUAAUAGUGAGAAUAGGAAGGCCAACUAAGGACAGCACAGAGGUGCAGGAAGAUGCAGAGACGCUAGGGAAAAAACAGAACAAAAUACUUGAUGCUCUGUGUUUAUUACACAGAAAACUCAAAGUAUCUGAUAUGACGCCAGACGAUACUAAAUUCUACGAAGAGAAUAGCAUAGAUGUCAAUGAUCUUCAAAGAGUACAGGAUGGGAUAGCAUCUACGCGGUGGCUGUACAAACUGGAUAUGGCCAACCCGUCUGAAGAAGAGCUCAGAAAAAGCAAAACACUGUUGAAAAAAGUGUACUUUGACAUGUUUUACAUCCAUCCUAUUCUCUAUUUGUAUCAGCGAUAUGAAGAUGUAAGCUGUUCUACUGGAGCAGAUCUUGGAGCAGAUGGUCUGCCUUUUGCUGAAAGAGACUCAAGGCGUAUUACGCUCAGAAUGUACAACAUAAGCAAAAAAGAUGGGGGCUUAGUAAAGGCAGAGAACAUAAAAAACUGCAUUAGAGCAUGGUAUCUAAAGGAAAUCAUCUUCAUCUACAGAGAAAAAAGCGACCGAAGCUGUAUCAGAAUACUCACUGAUUUAACAGAAUAUUACAUGAGUUCGCUGAAUGUGAUAGUAAUAUUUUCGUUUCCCGUUGCCGAGUGGAAGAUGCGUAACCUUAGCUAA